CAGGAACCGCAAUAAUAUUUCAACUCACUCGGCUUUCGGACGUGUACAAUUUGUGAGGCGGACAACUUAAUAUCCGACUAUGUUCAACGCUCUAAACCGUUUUAUUUCCCGGCUAGACUCCGACGUCCCAACCCAAAGAUCAGAUCAUGGAGCCUUUGGCUUCCAAGUACUCCGGAACAAGUCCCCAGAGCUUGCCGUUGAGCCUUGGUUUGACUUUGUAGUCGGUAUUAAUGGCCGGAUGAUUGACGAUUCUGAUCCAAAUCUUUUUGCCCAAGAGAUUCGAAAUUGUGCAGGAAGCACGGUUACUCUUGGUCUCUGGAGUGCUAAGGGACAACGAACGAGAACGAUACACAUUCCUGUUCCAGCCACGAGUCCGUCACUUGGGCUUACGCUCCAGUGGACAUCCAUCAACACCGUCUCAAACAUCUGGCAUAUUUUAGACGUCCCCGCCAACUCACCAGCCGAUGUUGCAGGUCUUCUACCAUACAGCGACUACAUUCUAGGAACUCCUGAAGGUGUACUGCAUGGCGAGGCAGGUCUAGGGGAGUUAGUUGAGGACCACAUUGGACGACCGCUACGACUAUAUGUCUAUAACAACGAAUACAAUGUUACGAGAGAGGUCACAAUCCACCCAAGCAAAGAUUGGGGCGGAGAAGGUGCUUUGGGAUGUGUCUUGGGUUAUGGAGCUUUGCACAGAUUACCAGCACCCCUGAGUGAGCCCUUGGCCGGACCAGGAGAAACGUUGUUUGAUACCAAAAAUGCACGCUUUUCGAACGAGGAGAUUAGACCAUUAUCUGGCUCUGGAGAUUAUAUGGUGCCAGCAGCUGCUUCAGACCCAAGCGAUUUACUAGUUCCAGCACAACUGGUAAGUCCGCUUGUCGCAAGUGGGAGGGGCAGGAAAGACAAGAAGCGUGGCCACGCUCCGAACAAGCCAUUCAUGGACGAUUACUUUACGGAAGGGGAAAAGAAGAGUAGGGAGCUGGACCACGCGCCAAGUGCCAAGAGUACUCCUCCACCUCCUCCGCCCAAGAUGGGAGGUCCUCCUAAAGCUGGCGGGCCUCCUAACACAGAAGAGACGGCGGUUGAAGAGACAGCGGUAGAUGAAAAGAAAGACGGCGAUGAUAGUGGUGUAGACUAAGUUAUGGUCUGUAAUUGAUAUAUGGAAUGCACAUGAAGAGCAUAUGACU